AUGGUUAGUAGGUACUGCUAUGAAGCGCUUGACAAAUGCUUGGGUGACAUCAUGAGGUGUUCUCCAACAUAUAGCAAAGAUUUGCCCUUUGGAGGAAAAGUGGUUGUACUAGGUGGAGACUUUAGACAAAUUCUUCCUGUCAUUCCACGAGAAUCGAGACAAGAUAUCGUUCAUUCAACCGUGAAUUCGUCUUACCUUUGGAAGUUUUGUCAGGUGCUCAAACUAACAAAAAACAUGAGACUCUCUGUAGGGACGACUACUUCAGAUCAAGACGAGACAGAGCAAUUUGGUGAGUGGUUAUUGGUGCUCAAACUAACAAAAAAUAUGAGACUCUCUGUCGGGACGACUGCUUCAGAUCAAGAUGAGACAGAGCAAUUUGGUGAGUGGUUAUUGAAAGUUGGUGAUGGUCUAAUAGGUGACAAUAUGGAUGGUGAAUCUGAGAUAUGUCUUCCAGGAGAUAUUGUUAUUCCUUCUUCGGACCAGGCAUUUGAUGAGUUAGUUCAUUUUUCUUAUCCAAAUAUUCUGGAAAACAUGUCCUCAAAGGAUUUUUUCAAAGCAAGAACUAUACUGGCUCCCACACUAGACAUCGUUGAAGAGGUCAACAACCAUCUGAUGGCUAUCAUUCCUGGAGGAGAAAAAUUAUAUCUUAGUUCGGAUUCCAUAUGUAUGGAUGAAGGGAAUAUGGAGAGUCAACUAGAUCUCUAUGGUUCUGAAUUACCGAAUAGCAUAAAUUGUUCUGGUUUGCCUCCACAUAAAUUAAUACUCAAGAUUGGUGUUCCGGUGAUGUUACUGAGGAGUAUUGACCAAUCCAGUGGUCUUUGUAAUGGUACAAGGCUACAAGUUAGAAAACUUGGAAAUCAUGUCAUAGAAUGUGAAGUCUUAACGGGUAACAAUGUUGGUCAUAUUGCUUUGAUUCCAAGAAUGAAUAUGGUACCAACAAAUGAAACCGUCCCAGUUAGAUUCCAACGAAGACAGUUUCCCAUAAUAGUAUCGUUUGCCAUGACAAUUAAUAAGUCUCAGGGACAAAUUUUAUCUCAUGUUGGAUUGUACUUGCCCAGACCAGUUUUUACACAUGGCCAACUAUAUGUGGCACUUUCAAGAGUUAAGAGUAAGAGAGGUUUAAAAGUUUUACUUAUGAAUCACGUAGGAAUGUCUGCAAAUUCAACUAUCAAUGUUGUUUAUAGAGAAGUCUUUGAAAAAAUAGUAUUCUAA